AUGGUGACAGGCCCAACCUGCCGCCUCAGUCUUCAGCAGAGGUCAGCGCCCUCUACAGGACACAGGGGGACCCCACCCAGCAGCCCAACCAAGGGUCAGGCAGUGGGAGCUGGCGCCCCCCCCCCCCGCGGGCCAGCCCCGCGCCCCAACCCUGCGGCACCCGUGCCCAGCCCCCCGCCCAGCCCUGGCCGCCCACACCUGCUGGGGUCCCAGGGGCCGUCACGGAGCUUCCUCUGGUCACUGCGUGUCGCUGACCCGUGGCCGGCGGACAGCGGCCACUCCCCCGCCCCUCCCUGCCCUCCUGCUCGGCCCCACCGGCCUCACCGGUUCCCGGGCGGCCACUUCCGCCAGAGGCUGGAGGACACGGUGCUGGGCCCCUCGGCCAGCAGGGAAGACCGGGCGCUGACCGUGCAGGGGGCAGGGCAGCAGGCCUCGCCCUCGCCCCUGCCUGCCCACAUCCGCGAGAUCGUGGCCAGCAGCCUGCGGGAAGAGGCCCCCCAGGAUGGCAUCGCAGGGUGCCCCUGGGGCCCAGCUCGGGGGCCCGUGACCCUGACCGGCCCUCGGGUGGGGAGCGAGCUGGGGCUGCCGCCACCUGGCACCCCUGACCGGCAGGGACAGCAGACCGUCCGCGUGGCCACCCAGUCGCAGGCCCCCGCCGCCCUGCCGGGCACCCAGGCUGGCGCCCGGCCGCCACCCAGCAGAGCAUCGCCCCCUACCAGCACCCCACCAGCCCCCCCAGCACCCCCUCUGCAACACGGCCCCCACCACCUGUGGCACCUGAGCCACCCCUACAUCUACCCCGUGGACGUCGCCGCUCCCCGUGGCUUGUUCCCCACCGCCGGGCCCUGCCACCCGGGGUCUAAGGCCCGGGACAGCGGAGCUCAGGCGGCCGCUGCCCUGAAGUGCCCGCGGCUGUCUCUGCACUUGAGCUUCCUAGGUGGUGGAGGCCGGGUCACCUGUGUGCACGAGGGGGCGCUGCCGCCCGUGCCCAGGGGCCAGGAGCCGGACGUGAACAAUAACGGGGUCAUCUCCUUCCUGAAGGAGGUGUCCCAGUUCACCCCGGCGGCCUUCCCCAUCGCCAACGACCGCUGCGUGGUGGCGGCCUUCUGGGCGGACGUGGACAACCGGCCGGCCGGCGACGUGCACUACCGGGAGGCCACGGACCCGGCCACGCUGCAGCGCGCCUCGGCCGACGUCCGGCGCUACUUCCCGGAGCUGCCCGGCUUCUCCGCCAGCUGGGCCUUCGUGGCCACCUGGCUCCGCGUCACCUUCUUCGGAGGCGGCGCCUCUUCCCCGGUCAACACGUUCCAGACCGUGCUCAUCACCGACGGCAAGUUCUCCUUCACCAUCUUCAACUACGAGUCCAUCACGUGGACCACGGGCACCCAUGCCAGCAGCGGGGGCAACGCCAGCGGCCUGGGGGGCAUCGCUGCCCAGGCCGGCUUCAAUGCGGGAGACGGGCAGCGCUACUUCAGCAUCCCCGGCUCACGCACGGCGGACAUGGCCGAGGUGGAGACCACCACCAACGUGGGCGUGCCCGGGCGCUGGGCGUUCAGAAUCGAUGAUGCCCAGGUGCGCAUGCCCCCGCGGAGCCGGCUCUGGCUCUGUCCUGGGCUGCCUGGCCUGGAGUCCACGGCAGCUCUUGGCUUCCAGGGGACAAGGCCGCCCCCAUCCAUGACCUGCGAGCUGGGGCGAGGCCACGUCCCCCGCAGUCCCUGGCAGCGCUUCGGGCAGGCCCCGCCUCCUGUCCGCCCCUCGCGGGCGUGGGGACAGUGUGCAGGCCGGGCUGCUGCCCCCCACCCCAGGCCCCCGGGCUGGCCCUGCGCUGAGCCCCGCGCCCCCCCAGAUGUGGACCAGUGCGCCUCCCAGCCCUGUUUGAACGGGGGGACGUGUAGCCCCGGCAACCACAGCUUCAGCUGCCAGUGCCCGGCUGGCUUCAGCGGGCCCACCUGCGAGGCAGAGAGCACCCCGGAGCCCGACGCCUGCCUCUCCGCCCCCUGCCAGAACGGGGGCGCCUGUGUGGGCGGGCAGCAAGGCUACGCGUGCGAGUGUCCGGGAGGCUUCACCGGUGACCACUGCAGGCAGAGGAGCCCUGAGGGCUGCGAGUGCCGCAAUGGCGGGAGGUGCGCUGAGGCCAACGCCACUGUCUGCCAGUGCCCCCCGGGCUUCUUCGGGCUCCUCUGUGAGUUCGAGGUCACGGCCACGCCCUGCAACGUGAACGCGCAGUGCGGCUACCUGCGUGGCCUGGGCACCCCGUGGGCAGAGGAAGAGGGCCAGCUACCUCGCCCGCUGUGGGACUUGGGAGGAAGGGGUGAGCAUGGGUGCACACCUCCGCCAAAACUGGAGGCGGCGGGGCCUAAAGAGCAGCCCCUGGGCGUCAUGCUGGACGCCUGUCGGGCUGGGGCGCGGCACGGACGCCUCCGGCUCACCCAGCGGAGGCCCCUCGGCGCGCUGCGGCCCCCCGCCUGGCGUGCGCGGGCCAGUGAGCCCCGUCUCCUGUCUGCAGAGGCCGGAGGGUGCCAGGCGCAGCUCUGCAGAAACGGAGGGUCCUGCAGGGGCCCCCCGGGGGCCUUCGCCUGCCAGUGCCGGGAGGGCUUCACCGGCACCCACUGCGAGACAGAGGUGGACGCCUGCGACCCCAGCCCCUGCCAGCACGGAGGCCGGUGUGAGAGCGGCGGCGGGGGUGCCUACCUGUGCGUGUGCCCAGAGAGCUUCUUUGGCGCCCACUGUGAGACGGUGACAGACCCCUGCUUCUCCAGCCCCUGCGGGGGACGCGGCUACUGCCAAGCCAGCAACGGGUCCCACAGCUGCACCUGCAAGGUGGGGUACACUGGGCAGGACUGCGCCAGAGAGCUGUUUCCGCCGACGGCCCUGCGGGUGGAGCGGGUGGAGGAGAGCGGGGUCUCCAUCUCCUGGCGCCCGCCCGAAGGGCCGGCGGCCAGGCAGCUGCUGGACGGCUACGCGGUCACCUACGCCGCCGCGGACGGCGCCCUCCGCCGCACGGACUUCGUGGACCGCGGCCGCUCCUCGCACCAGCUGCGCGCCCUGGCGGCCGGCCGCGCCUACAACAUCUCGGUCUUCUCGGUCAAGCGCCGCGCGCACAAGAACGACAUCAGCCGGCCCGCGGUGCUGCUGGCCCGCACGCGACCCCGCCCUGUUGAGGGCCUCGAGGUCACCAAUGUGACGGCCAGCGCCAUCUCGGUGCGGUGGGCUCUGCACAGGAUCCGCCACGCCACCGUCAGCGGUGUCCGGGCAUCCAUCCGCCACCCUGAGGCCCCAGAGGACCAGUCCACUGAAGUGGACAGGAGUGUGGGCGAGUUCACCUUCGGGUCCCUGCUGCCGGGACGCAGGUACAGCAUCCGGGUGACGGCACUCAGCGGGCCGGGAGCACAGGCACACCUCACCGAGAGCCUGGCCACAGCGCCACUGCACGUGUGGACACGUCCCCUGCCACCCGCAAACCUGACCGCCGCCCGCGUCACGGCCACCUCUGCCCACGUGGUGUGGGACGCCCCGGCCGCAGGCGCGCCCCUGGAGGCCUACGUCAUCAACGUGACCACCAGCCAGAGCACCAAGAGCCGCUACGUGCCCCGCGGGACGCUGGCGUCCUACACGGUGCGCGACCUGCUGCCCGGCCGGCGCUACCAGCUCUCGGUGACCGCUGUGCAGGGCGCGCCGGGCGGCCAGCUGCACAGCGAGCCCGCACACCUCUACAUCAUCACCUCCCCAAGGGACAGCGCUGACCGACCCUGGCACCGAGAAGUCCUCCCGGCGCGGGCACCCAGGAACAAGGCCUCCCCAGAACCGCGUCUGCUCAGUGACCGGGGCGCCCCCAGGACACCCAGCCCAGCCCCCAAGGUCUCAGAUCCCGUGGACAGCAGAGGACGCGUGGGCACCAAGUUGAGCCACCCGCCCCGCAGGCCGCUGCCCAUGAGCGCCCGUGAGUGUGCCGCCCGCCGGCUCCCGGGUGCGGGAGGGACCAGAAGCCCACCGGGUCCGUGUCCGGCCGCACCCCCAGCAGCGGCCAGCGCUGCUGCGGGGCUGUGACGGCCUCGUGUCUAGAAGCUCAGAGCAUUGGCCACUGGCCGCGAGGUCCUCCACACGGAGGGGUCACGUCCCACCUGAAGCAGCAGCCUCUGCACCUUCCCGCGCCUCCCCCCCCACCCCCCGCCCUGCGCCUAGGGCGGUGCCCAAGCCUGCCCGGUCUGGCAGGUGCCCUCCCACCGCACUCGCAGCCAGGCAUGGCAGGGCGGCUGCCGAAGGGGCUUGCGCGGUGGGGCCAGGCGGCGCCCCAACAGUCCUAAAGCCUGGGGACAGUGGUGGAGGAAGAGGAACGGGAGGAGAGUGCAAGGUUGCCUCGCAGGCUCCAGCUGAGGGCAGCACCAAGGGCGGCGCCAGGGCGGGGCUGUGCUAGGGGCGGGG